CUUUUCUCUUGCAUGAUUUCCCUCGCACGGAUUUGCCACUCGGAUGUUGUUUCAUCGGGAGCUGCGCUCGGAGCCACGGUGAACCAGCCCUUUCCUCCAGUGCUAUGACAGGCAAACUACUGGAGAAGCUGCCGGGGACCAUGAACACUUUGAUGAACCAAUUGCCUGACAAUCUGUACCCAGAGGAGAUCCCCAACUCUUUGAAUAUCUUCUCCGGCAGCAGCGAGUCCGUGGCUCACUACAACCAGAUGGCUGCAGAUAAUGUUAUGGACAUUGGAUUAGCGAACGAAAAGGCAAGCCAGGAACUGUCCUCCUAUUCGGGCACUUUUCAGCCCGCCCCGGGCAACAAGACUGUGACCUACCUGGGGAAAUUCGCCUUCGACUCGCCCUCCAACUGGUGCCAGGACAACAUCAUCAGCCUGAUGAGCGCGGGGAUCCUGGGGGUGCCCCCGUCGUCGGGCGCGCUCACCACCACGCAGAGCUCGGCCGGCAGCAUGGGGCCACCGCAGGGCGACGUGGACCAGAUGUACCCCGCGCUGCCACCCUACUCCUCCUGCAGCGACCUCUACCCGGAGCCCGUCUCCUUCCACGACCCCCAGAACAACCCCGGCCUCACCUAUUCCCCCCAGGAUUACCAGGCAGCCAAGCCCGCCUUGGACAGCAACCUCUUCCCCAUGAUCCCAGACUAUAACCUCUACCACCAUCCCAACGACAUGGGCACCAUCACGGAGCACAAACCCUUCCAGAGCUUGGACCCCAUCCGUGUCAACCCGCCCCCCAUCACCCCACUGGAGCCGCCCCCGCGCUCUCGGCAAGGCGCGGGACCGGCGCGCGGCGCCUCCGGACGCGCUCCGGGGCCGGUGGGUUCCCCUCGUCCCGGUCCUGGCACCGUUUUGCGGCCGGGUGGGAUAAUGGUGGCGGAAAGAGGAUCUCCUGCCCUCAGCCCUUAA